UCCGUGGUAACGGCAGAAAGGGUGGAGGAAAGAAUGAGGGGCAUCGAGCUGCGAACAGAAAGGCUAGAGACGGAGUGAAAGAAAGCGGACACAUGAUCAUUCCCCAACGCUAGCAUAGCCUACUUAUUCUUUGAUACGUUGCGAAACGUCGUGAAAGAAAAAGGAAAUAAAACAUCCAGCGAUCUGUAGGCCUACAACAACCGAAAUAGACAUGUCAGAAAUUGUCCCCCCUGAAGUGAGACCCAAACCUGCCGUCCCAGCGAAGCCACCUCACGUGUCCCCACCUUCCGGCGUUCCCUUUCUGCCUUCACCCCAUGGGAUGGGGGGUGAGGGUCAAGGGUCGGGUCGAGGUUCCGCGUUGCUCGGAUACAUCGGUAUAGAUACCAUCAUUGAGCAGAUGCGCAAGAAGACCAUGAAGACAGGCUUCGACUUCAACAUCAUGGUGGUUGGUCAGAGCGGUCUAGGUAAAUCCACUCUAGUGAACACUCUGUUUAAGUCACAAGUUAGCAGGAGGAGCUCGAGCUGGAGUCGUGAUGAGAAGAUUCCAAAGACUGUUGAGAUAAAGUGUGUAUCUCACGUGAUUGAGGAAGGUGGAGUGAAGAUGAAGUUAACUGUUGUUGACACGCCAGGUUUUGGGGACCAGAUCAACAAUGAUAACUGCUGGGAGCCCAUAUCCAAAUACAUCAAUGAACAAUAUGAGAAGUUUUUGAAGGAAGAAGUCAACAUCGCUCGCAAAAAACGCAUCCCAGACACCAGAGUUCACUGCUGCCUGUACUUCAUAUCUCCAACUGGACACUCGCUCCGCCAGCUGGAUAUUGAGUUCAUGAAAAAUCUGAGUCGUGUGGUCAACCUCAUUCCUGUCAUUGCGAAAUCAGACACGCUUACUCCCGAAGAGAAAACUGAAUUCAAACAGAGGGUGAGGAAAGAACUGGAGGUCUGUGGGAUCGAGUGUUAUCCACAGAAAGAGUUUGAUGAAGACAUGGAAGAUAAGAGUGAUAAUGAUAAGAUCAGGGAGGCCAUGCCCUUUGCCGUGGUGGGAAGUGACAAAGAGUACCAGUUCAACAGCAAACGGGUUUUGGGGAGGAAGACGGCGUGGGGAAUGGUGGAGGUUGAAAAUCCAAACCACUGCGAAUUCUCCUUACUUCGUGAUUUCCUGAUCAGGUCUCACCUCCAGGACCUGAAGGAAGUCACUCAUAACAUCCACUACGAGACGUACCGAGCCAAGAGGCUCAACGAUAACGGAGGUCUGCAUCCCAUCUCCUCUUCCGGCAACAACACUCAAGAGAGCAACCUGUGAGGAGAAAGCUAGAACUAGAAGUUUCACCUUGUGAUAAUUCAGCUGUGCAUGCUAUGAGGAUUUCGUUGCUGUGGAGGUUUUGUCCUCAUACUCCUUUUAAGUCCCCGUGGUAUCUGUCCGCAUCUGUUGUUGCACAACCCUGGAAAUUUAGAAAAGGCCUUCCCCAGUUGUUCAGCUCAGUUAGUGAGCGAGAUUGCUCGUGAUAAUCUUUGCGCAGGUCUCACAUGAAGAUGAACAGUCCAGCCUAUUUUCUCAACCUUUUUCUCAAAUUCGUUGGUCAUGACCUCUGUUACACGUUUUGGACAGUUUAAAAGUAGUUUUAUAGGUCAGCACGUGGAGGAUCGCACAGCAGUCCGCAGCUUACUCUAUGGGCCUUAUUUAUUAAAACAUUUAGCACGUUGCAAGAAACCACACACAUUCAUAUCUUUGGCCCUGUAAGGGUACAGCAGCGUUUCUCUACAUAUUCUAGAUUCUCUAUUUUCUUUACUCUUGCUGCGUAAAUCUGCCAAAGCAAGUCUCAGAGGACUCUGAAUUGACCGUUAAAGGACACCGUAUUCCUACAGAUCAUUCCAAACAGGUACAACUGUGCAUGUUUUCAUAGCUUCACUAAAGUGGCCAAAUAAAAUUCAGGACGAAACCGAAAGCACACUGAUUAAAAUGAUCUGUGCCUUUCGAAAAUUUGUGGCUUUGAGGUUUUCGGCACAUUCUGUACGGACACCCCAUGUAUAUGUGUGUGUAUGCGUGAAUGAGCAGAAAAGUUGCAUACGUUUUUCAGUCUGACUGUUGUUUUUUUCUAACCCUCUUCACUUACCACCACCGGUGUAUUUUUCAUGUGUGCCAAUAUUUCCACUUGUGUGUAUUUACUUCUACGUUCCAUAGCAUCUCCUACGUGAUCUCUGCACAUAUUGAUACAUUUAUCAAUGUAGAAACUUAAAUCUGCACACAUACAUGUUAACAGUGAUCUUAAAUCAGUUCACCACUCGUCUUUGCCAUAUCACGUUUUAUUAAUGAUGGUGUGAAAUAACAAACCAUCUUUGAACAAAAGAAUUAUGAAACAUUAUUUAUAUUGUAUUUAUGUUUUAUUUAUUGUAAUACUUGUUUUAAUUUAAUAAACCUGUUUCCCAUAAUUGCCCUUACUGCUGUAU